AUGGCUACUUCCUUCAUGCAAAGCUCUUCUUCUACCUAUGGUGGUGGCUUUGGGGGUGGUGGAACCAACAGCUCUCGCCUUUCCUCCAUCCGAACAGGAGGAACCUGCCGAGCUCCAAGCAUACAUGGAGGAUCUGGUGGCAGGGGUGUUUCCAUCUCUUCAGCUAGGUAUGUCUCCUCUGUAGGAGGUGGAUAUGGUGGUGGCGGCUUGUGUUCUGGUUAUGGUAGUGGUUAUGGAGGGGGCUACAGUGGCUUUGGUGGUGGUGCAGCCUGUGGCUUUGGUGGAGGAGCUGGCUUUGGUGGAGGGUCUGGCUUUGGUGGAGGGGCUGGCUUUGGUGGAGGUUUUGACGUUGGUGGUGGCUUUGGUGGUGGUGAUGGCCUUCUCUCUGGAAAUGAAAAGAUAACUAUGCAGAAUCUGAAUGACCGUCUGGCUUCGUACCUGGACAAGGUACGAGCACUGGAAGAGGCAAAUUCGGAUUUAGAAGUUAAAAUCCGAGACUGGUAUCAGAAGCAAGCUCCCACCAGCCCAGCUCGGGACUACAGUAAUUAUUACAAGAUAAUUGAGGAUCUCCGAGACAAGAUCCUUGCAGCCACUAUUGACAAUUCCAGAGUCAUUUUGGAGAUUGACAAUGCCAGGCUGGCUGCAGAUGACUUCAGACUGAAAUAUGAGAAUGAGUUGUUCCUGCGCCAGAGCGUAGAGUCCGACAUCAACGGUCUGCGCAGAGUCCUGGAUGAGCUGACUCUGUCCAGAGCUGACCUGGAGAUGCAGAUUGAAACACUGAAGGAGGAGCUGGCUUAUCUAAAGAAGAACCAUGAGGAGGAAAUGAAAGAGUAUUCAAAUCAGCUAAGUGGAACAGUCAACGUGGAAAUGGAUGCGGCUCCUGGCAUCGACCUGACCAGAAUUCUCUCUGAGAUGAGGGAACAGUAUGAAGCUCUGGCUGAGAAGAACCGUAAAGACGCUGAGGCCUGGUUCUUCACUCAGACUGAUGAGCUGAACCGUGAAGUGGCCACCCAUACACAACAGAUACAGACCAGCAAAUCGGAGAUCACAGAACUGAGACGCACGGUCCAGGGCCUGGAGAUUGAGCUCCAGUCACAGCUCAGCAUGAAAGCUGGACUGGAAGCCAACUUGCGAGAUACAGAAGGACGAUACUGCGCACAGCUGGCACAGAUUCAGGCCCUCAUCACCAGCGUUGAGGAGCAAUUGGGUGAACUUCGAUGCGACAUGGAGCGUCAGAACCAGGAGUACAGAAUGCUCAUGGACAUCAAAAGUCGCCUGGAGCAGGAAAUCGCCACAUACCGCCAGUUGCUGGAGGGCCAGGACUCUCAGAUGUCAGGAGUGAACCCUAAGGAUGCAGCAUAUCUGAGCAGUGGAAGAGUUCGCAUGAGCAUGGAAGAUGAUGGAAAACCUAUUUCUACUCGUGAAAGGAGACUCCCGUAA